AGAUAUAACCUGGCAGCCCUGCUGAGCUGUUCACUAAGGCAUACUGCUAUCUCUUUGGUACCCGCAAGAUGCCUUCAUAUACCAUCACGGUGACUACAGGCAGUCAGUGGUUUGCUGGUACAGAUGAUUAUAUCUAUAUUACACUAGUUGGAUCCAAAGGCUGCAGCGAAAAGAAUUUGCUGGAUAAACCUUUCUACAAUGAUUUCGAGAGGGGUGCGAUUGACUCCUAUGACAUUACAAUAUCUGAAGACAUUGGAGAGAUCCACUUGAUUAAAAUUGAAACAUAUAAAUACUGGUAUAAGGACAACUGGUAUUGCCGGCACAUAACAGUUAAAACUCCCUCAGGAGACUAUUUGGAGUUCCCUUGCUACAGAUGGAUUACCAAUGAUAAAGAAAUCAUUCUUCGUGAAGGAACAGCAAAAUUGGCUACACAGGACGUAAUACAAAUUCUCAAGCAACACAGAAGAAAGGAAUUGGAAGAGAGACAAAAACAAUACAGAUGGAAGGAGUGGUAUCCAGGCUUCCUACUAAGCAUUGACGCUCACUCUCAUAGUGACCUUCCCCUUGACAUACAGUUUGAUAGUGAGAAAGUAGUUGACUUUGUCAUGAACUACACAAAAGCGAUGGAAAACCUCUUUGUGAACAGUUUUAUGCAUAUGUUCCAGUCCUCGUGGAGUGAUUUUGCUGACUUUGAACGUAUUUUUGUCAGGAUUAGUAAUACAAUAUCAGAAUACGUAAUGCAGCACUGGCAGGAAGACUUCAUGUUUGGUUAUCAGUUUCUCAAUGGCUGCAAUCCAGUUUUAAUAAAAAAAUGCAAGAAAUUACCAGAGAAUUUCCCAGUGACCCAAGAAAUGGUGGAAUGCAGCCUUGAGCGGAAUCUCACGCUUCAGGAAGAAAUGGAGCAUGAUAACAUCUUUAUCGUUGAUUUUCAUCUACUUGACGGCAUCUCUGCAAACAAAACAGAUCCAUGCACCAUUCAGUACCUUGCCGCACCCCUCUGCUUAUUAUACACAAAUCUUGAGAACAAAAUUGUACCAAUUGCUAUACAGCUGAACCAGAUACCUGGACCAGAAAAUCCAAUAUUUCUGCCAUCUGAUGCCAAGUAUGACUGGCUGUUAGCUAAGAUAUGGGUCAGAUCAUCUGACUUCCACAUUCACCAGACAGUUUCCCAUCUUCUGAGGGCCCAUCUUGUUACGGAAGUUUUUGCUAUCGCCAUGUAUCGUCAACUACCUGCGGUUCAUCCUAUUUUUAAGCUUAUAAUACCACAUGUAAGAUUCACCAUAGCAAUCAACACGAAGGCACGGGAGGAACUAAUAUGUGAAUGUGGCCUCUUCGAUAAGGCCAAUGCAACCGGAGGAGGAGGACAUGUGGAGUUGGUGCUGAGAGCCUUGAAAGAGUUCACAUAUGAGAGUUUUUGCUUUCCAGAAGCAAUCAAGUUGAGGGGCAUGGAGGACAAAGAGAAGAUUCCCUAUUAUUUCUACAGAGAUGAUGGAAUCAAAGUCUGGGAAGCAAUACUAGCAUUUGUAGAAGAUGUGAUAGACAUUUACUAUGAAAGUGACGAGACAGUUUGUGAAGACAGUGAGCUUCAAGCCUUUGUGAAAGAUGUGUUGGUUUUUGGACUUCAGGACAAUGAAGCCUCCGGUUUUCCCAAAACUAUCAAGACAAAAGAGAAGUUAGUGGAAUACAUCACCCUUGUCAUAUACACUUCAUCUGGACAACACGCUGCUGUGAACUUUGGCCAGUUUGAUUGGUGUUCAUGGAUCCCCAAUUCUCCUCCUACCAUGCGCUGUCCUCCGCCCAAAAAGAAAGGAGAGGUUACAAUACAAUGCAUCAUUGAGAGCUUACCUGACAGAGGUCGAUCAUGUUGGCAUCUUGGAGCUGUAUGGGCUUUGAGUCAGUUUCAAGACAAUGAGUUGUUUCUAGGGAUGUAUCCUGAUGAACAUUUUGUUGAAAAACCAGUGAAAAAAGCAAUGGCCAAAUUCAGGAAGAACCUUGAAGACAUCACCAGCUUCAUCCUUGAUCGCAACAAGAAUAAGAAGCUGCCGUAUUAUUAUCUGUCUCCAGACAAGAUCCCUAACAGUGUCGCUGUGUAAGUUUAGUGAAGAUACUUGCUGGAUCGGCAGUGUCCUACACAUGAUUGUGUCACUGGGACUUGGACUUAAACCGUUAUCUGACCAAUUGCAGAAAGCUUUAUUUGCAGGACUUAUGCUUCAUGUGCUGCAUAUUGACCAAACUGCGUUCAUGUUUUAUGCUAUACAAAUAACUCACUGCCUUAAAGGCGUGUUCCGGGAUUUUCUUUUUAAAUUGCCCCCUCCCCUCACCUGCUUGGGGACAAAUCACCACUAAGGCCUGUCAUUGGCUACAUUAGUGCAUGUGACCCUUGUCCAUGCAGGAAGUUUUCAGGUGAGAACCAAAAGUCUAUUAAAGACCUCCUGGAUGCCACGGAGCCCAUAUGGAGAAGUGGAGAACAUGUAGGUAUAGGCCUCUUCACAGGAUCUGCUGGGUGUGUAUGUGGGGGUGUUAAAAAUAAGCCUGGACAACCCCUUUAAAGGGGUUCUCCAAGAAUUAGUUAAAUGGCUGCAAGUAACCCAUCCUAGAAUAUAAAUAGGACAGGUUCCAUCCACUUGCAGAGCUGCCUGGAUGGGGUGACGUUGUGGUGACACCUCACUACGCACCCCCUUCACUUUACAUUGCUGAGCUUCCCAUCAUAUGAUUACAAUCUAUUGUAGAGCAGAGGUCCUGCUCUGCAAUAGGUAGCAGUCGACCGAUCGUGCUUGAGAUAUGCUGCCAGACUGAACAGCCUGACAGCACAUCUGACUGUAAGGGCUCUUGCACACGACCGUAUGUAUUAUUGCGGUCCUCAAAAAACGGAUCUG